UUUUUUGGGGGAGGAUUAAUAAUCUUACUAGUGGUCAACAAUAUCCAGGUGAAGUUAAUCCGUUUUCUUUUCUUUUCUUCCCCCCCUACCAGAGGUGUCGUCAAUGGAAUAGCCCGGUUCAGUGAAAGUAGGUGGGGGGGGAGUGAAAAGGCAAAACAGGAUGACGGCAGCGUGAGGCUUUUAGCUUCUUUUUAGAAAGAUAAUUUUUGUUAGGUUUUUUUUAAGGCAACAUAUCCGCUGAAACAGACUUGCGGAUUUUAGAAGGCAGAAAUCCCAGUUUCUUUCACUGGACUAUCCCCCCCCGGAUUCGACGGGUUGGAACGAUCCAAAAGAGAUGGUGAGAGAGUCCAACAGACCGCAAAACAUGGGGGAGAGCAGCGGAGGAGAGGAAGAUUCCAUGGAGAGAAGAGGGUGGGGGGGACGGAAAGGCAGCUGUCCCGCGGCGCAUGCGCCUUCUGGGCCGGCCUGCCCUAUCGGAAGGCGAGAGAGGCUGAGAAGACAAAGGCGGCCGCUCCGCCCCUCCCUCGCUUUUCAGCUCUCCCCGGAUAUAACGCGCCCCGCUUUUCCCGCGCUCCCCCACCACAAUAAGCCUCCCUCUCGCUUGUUUGGGACACUUCUUCAGGGGGGCUUUGAAAGGAGCCCGCCAUGGCAGGGGGGCAAGGUGCCCUCCUCCCUGCAGUGGAAGGGAUCGGGGCCCCAGGCAGCCCUGGGGGAGACCAGGCCUCCCCCAUGAAACAGCCACCAGCGUCAGGUGAGCCUGCAGGCUCCUCGCGCCGGCCCUGCGGCAAGCCUGACGACGACCUUGCGAGGCGGGGCCCCCGUGCCGCCCCAUCUUCCCCACUGCCGGCGUCCAAGAUGGCCUUCCGGCGGGCCUACUCCAUCAAGGACAAGCUGCAAGCCAUCGAGCGUGUGAAGAGGGGCGAGCGGCAGGCCUCAGUGUGCCGGGACUUCGGGGUCCCCGGCGGCACCCUCCGCGGCUGGCUGAAGGACGAAAGCAAGCUGCGCUGGUUCCUGGACCAGUUAGGGGGCGAGGUGGGCACGCACCGCAAGAAGAUGCGCCUGGCCAACGAGGAGGAGAUCGACCGCGCCGUCUACACGUGGUUCCUCGCCUUGCGCCAGCACGGCGUGCCGCUCUCCGGACCGGCCAUCCAGGCCCAGGCCGAAGCCUUUGCCCGGCAAAUCUACGGGCCCGAGUGCACCUUCAAGGCCAGCCACGGGUGGUUCUGGCGGUGGCAGAAGCGUCACGGCAUUUCCAGCCAACGCGAGGGGGGCGGCUUAGGUGCGGCGGGCGACACGCCUGCCCUCCGAGCCGAAGCGGACGCCGCUUCCCCCUGCUCGGCCUUCUCCGACCAUACCCGGCCACCCACGGCUGCUGCGCCACCAGAUGAAGGCGGCUACAGCGACGACCAAAUCUACAACGCUAACAUCACCGGGCUUUAUUGGAAGCUGCUGCCUAGCCAGGCCCGACUGCUGCAGCCUCUCCCAUCGUGGGCGGGAGACGGGGUCACAGUCCUGCUCGCCGCAAAUCUAACCGGCUCCCAUAAGCUGAAGCCGCUGGUGGUGGGAGGCCUGCAGGACCCUCCUUGCCUCCGGUGCCGCAAGAGGGAGACGCUCCCGGCUUGCUACCGCUACAGCCCCCAGGCCCGGCUGGGCCGCUCCCUGCUGCAGAUUUGGUUCUUUGACGAUUUCGUGCCUAGCGUGAAGCGCUUUUUGCGCCGCAGCUGCCUCCCGCAGAAAGCCGUCCUCCUGCUCAGCUGCCCCUCCGCGCACCCCGAGGAGUCGCCCCAACUUCAAACUCCGGACGGGUCUAUCCGAGCGCUCUUCCUUUCCAAGGCGGCAGGAGGGUCUUUGGGAGGCAGAGGCCGGAUUUUGCCGCCUCUGGAACAGGGCGUCGUGUCGGCGUUCAAGCUACUGUACAAGCGGGAGUUGUUGCGCUUGGCCGUGGCGUGCCUAGCGAGAGGAGCAGCCGUGGGGGAGUCCGAAAAACCUGGCGGAGAACUGGACUUUGGCCGCUCUUUUCUCCUGGAGGAUAUGCUCUGCCUAGCUGGCCUGUCUUGGGAUCUCAUCCCGACUGGAUCCAUUGAGAAAUGUUGGCUGCUUGGCCUGCGUGCAGCCUUUGAGCCCCACUCUGGAGGGGAAGAGGAGGAGUCCGGAGAGGCCUCUGCAGGUGUGGACAACCUGGACUUUGCUGACCUCGUACACCUGGCUGCCCUUACCUGCAAGCGCCUGUCUCCAGAGGAAGUGGCCGAUUGGCUCCACUUAGAUGAUGUCAUUCCGGACACAGAGGAAGGGGAAGGCGAGGAGGAGGAAGAAACAGUUGGGACAAGAGAUGGUGGAGGUGGCGGGAGUGAUGGAAUGGGAGAUACUCCGCUGCCCACUGCCCGGGAAGCAAUACAAGGCCUGCAGAAGGCCUUGCGCUGGCUGGAGAGCCAGGAUCCCCAGGAAGUUGGGACGCUGAAGGUGGUCCAGCUCCGGUCCUUCAUCAGCAUGGCGCAAAGGCUGCAGAAGGCAGCUGAACCCGACUCAUGGCAAGGCGGCUCAAAGCAAAACAGCUAACUAGAUUAUUGCACUCACCUACAUAUCUGGUGGAAGUGUUUACUCUUUAUGCAGCAAUAGGGGAUGGCGCCUUGUGCCCACUAGGAGGUGCAAAUAUGGCACAAUCAGGGCAGAACAGGAGAGUUCCUUCCCCCUCCCUAUGAGCAUUGGGGUGAGGCUGUUAAAGGGGCUUGACUCCCCAAGUUCUGGGGGUUGAAAGAAGUGGCUAUUAACAGCAGAGAGGCAGGAGGGGUACCUCUGCUCCCUGAACCGUUUGCUCAGGGUGCAAUUCUUGCCAGUUCCCUCUGGUGGAACCACAUGGACUUCCUUCUUACUUAGAAUUUAUGCAUGGCGGAGGUUUCCUUUCAAACAGUCUACACAUGGUAAAAUUAAAGACUUGUCCUGUCCAGCAGACAGGUUGAAAAAGUUGUCCCAAGGUGGAGACAAUCUCACUGCAAGUUCAAAGAGGUUCGGGGGGAGGGAUGGUCCCUGCAAAAGGAGUGGGGAGUUUGCAGUGGUUUUCCAGUGUCAAACAAAAGAUUGAGGUGUAAGUUGGCCAUGUAGGCAUACUUGAAUAGAAAAGGGAAUGCGCAGAAGUACAGGAGAGGGCUCUCGAAUUCAAAUGUUACCUAAAAAGCAGAGUUGUGUAUGAAAGGAGCAGAGCCGUGCAAUGGGAAGAGCGCCUAGGCAGGAGUAUAGUACUCCCUGAUUUUAUGCCAUCCACAGCAUCAGAACUAUUUGGUACCUCUCCUCACCCAGCCACCCUUUUUGUAAGCUUAUCACACUUGUUGAAAGGGCUGUUUGCUAUUCCCCUCCAUAUUUCCUCCUGAGUUUCUUGCUUAAUCUCCUCUUUUUUUAAAAAACCAUGCCUUUCCAAGAAGCACACUGGAUCAGGACUGGUGAGAUGAUCAGGAAGCUUUGGGUGACGUACAGAGAGAUGAGGUGGUGCUAACCCUCCAUGGGUUCGGAGUUUCUUGGAUGCUUUGGAAAUAAGAGACCCACCCUGCCUGCCAGCCAAAGAAUUAAUUUAAUAAAGUGAAAUGGUACAGCUA